GCUGAGGAAUGAAGAAGAGUCCGGGAGAUGGCCCGCCCAUCUCUGGCAAUGGCAAUUCCCGAGUUGACUCACUGGUCUCUCUCGUCUCGUCUCGUCUCUGUGUUUGCUGAGCCAACCCUAUUGCUUCUCUUUCUUCCUUCCUUCCUUCUUCUUCUUUACCAAUUCCCGUUCCCUCACGCUUUCUCCUUUUCCCUUCCUUCUGCCCCUUUUUCGUCUUUUCCCCUCAUCUUCUUCUUCUUCUUCUUCUUCCUCUUCCCAAUCCGACGUUCCUUCUCCCUCCACGUCAUCAUCGUCUUCUUCAAUCCUUUUCCACCUGCUCUUCUUCUCCCCUUAACCACAGUUUAUAUUUAACCCUACCCCCUUUUUCCUUUUAGGGUUUCCAUUGCUUUUCCUUUUCAUGUUUUCCCGAUUUCCCUUCUGGGUUUUGCUUCGAGCCUUGCGAUUUCCGCUAUAUGCUUAUCUGGGUUUCCUCUACAGCUUAAUCUGAGGGUCUAGGUUGAGUUGGGUAUGUUUCGCUUUGGAGUUCUUGGAAUUUGGUAGUCGGUGGAGUUGAUUUGGUUUUUGUUCUGAGUUGCAUUGGGAUUGAUUUGGGUUUUGUAUUCCAUGGCUAUUGAGAAGAACAAUUUUAAGGUUUCGAGGUUGGACUAUGAGUUUUCACCUGGGAGUAAGAAGAGUAUUUCCAGUGAUGAGGAUGAGCUUCAAAGACGUACCUCUGCUGUGGAGUCUGAUGAUGACGACGAUGAGUUUGAUGAUGCAGAUUCUGGGGCAGGGUCUGAUGAUUAUGAUUCGCUGGAAUGGGCAGAGACUGGAGUGGAAUUUUGUCACGUUGAUAAUCAGACUUGUAGUAUUCCUCUCGAGUUGUAUGAUCUUCCGGGUUUGGAAGAUAUAUUGUCAGUCGAUGUAUGGAAUGAAUGUCUAAGUGAUGAAGAGCGGUUUAGCCUCUCUAAGUAUCUCCCAGAUAUGGACCAAGAGACUUUUAUGCUCACGCUAAAAGAGCUUUUUACAGGUAGUAACUUCCAUUUUGGAAGCCCUAUAAAGAUGUUAUUUAGCAUGUUGAAGGGGGGAUUAUGUGAGCCAAGAGUUGCCCUUUACCGUCAUGGACUGAAAUUUUUCCAGAGGCGGCAACAUUAUCAUCUUCUGAGGAAGCAUCAGAACAAUAUGGUUAGCAGCCUUUGCCAGAUGAGAGAUGCUUGGCUUAACUGUAGAGGAUACAGCAUGGAUGAGAGGCUCCGUGUCCUAAAUCUUAUGCGAAGUCAAAAAAGUUUCCAUGAUGAGAGGGCUGAAGGCUUAGAAACUGACUCGUCAGAUAGAAUCUCAGGUGAGGGGUUCCAUCGAAGGUUCAAGGACAAGAUAAUGGCUUCUAAAAUGCCCAACUUUUCUUCAUAUAAUGCAAGUUCCAAUUUAGAUUUUCCUUCAGGGGGUCGGUUGACUAAUCUUGAAGCACUAGAAUAUGGAAAACAGAAUUCCAAGGGUACAUUUAAGUUGGCUGGAUCCAAGUUUCCUUCUUUAGUGGAACCCAUGGUCCGCCUUCCUUCAGCUUAUAAUGAUUUGGAUAUUAACUCAAGGCCGUAUGGAUCAAUAGGUGAUCUCCCUCAACUGAGAAAGGUAGGUGGAUAUGAUUCAGGCCCAAUGCUUAGGAUAAGGGAUGAGACAAGGAUUGGUGAUGCUAAUGAAGAAACAACCUACAGAAAGGGUACCCCACGGGAUCGAAAGACCUCAUUUGGUGGUGGAAUGGAUAAGGGGGUUCUAGAAGCUGGUAAGAGAUAUGAGGCUUUGAGUGGUAACAUUUUUGACAAUUUCAUUGGACUUCCGUUGUCAUCAAAAGGUGAUUUGUAUGGAAAGAACAAGAAUUUGUUUCCAAAGAGGGGUGUUGUGGCUGAAAAGCCCACCAGCAUGAGGACAUCCUACAAUCCUUCCAAAAAAACCAAAUUGCCUGAAAAUUCUCAGUUAAUUGGGGAUCAAACCAAGUCUACAAAGGGCGGCAUUUCUCAGGUCCCACGUAAAGGUACUAAAGUUGACCCUGAAGAUCUUGCCAGUUCACUCCAACAUACCAAGAUUCAAGGGAAGUCUUCUGGUAUGGAUCCACUGUUUAAAAAUACUGACUGGAACAUUAGGGGAAAGAAAUGGAAGACUGGUAUGGAGCCUAGUGAUCUUAGUUAUGGAGCAUAUAGAUCUCCCUCACCUCAGGUAAAUGAGGGACAUCUGCUCUCUGAAUUAAGAGCGAAACCUUCAAAAAAGAAAACUAAAGGAAGAUUUGUCCAGAAAGGGGGAUCAGACCCUGCUUCCUCCAAAGGAAACAAAAAGUUCAUUAGAGGUGAAGAAACAGAAUCAGACUCAUCUGAGCAGUUUGAAGAUGAUGAGGAUAGCAAUCCUUUAUUGAGGAGUAAGUUGGCCUAUCCCAGUGUAAUGGAAAUUUCACAGUCUUCAUUGUUGAAUUCUGGCUUAGAUCCUAAAAAGGUCAAGUAUGUCAAGAAAGAUAUUAAGGAGCACACUGGUAGUCUUGAUCCACUAUCAUACUCCAAAAAGAUUGUUAAUAAAUCUCCUCAGCAUGGAUAUGCCUUUAGUGGAGUUAACAGUAUGAAAACAAGGCAGGGAAAGAUUCAAGACUCUGGUUCUUUCCAAGAGCUAUCCUCCAAAGUGUCAGAAAAGAGCUUCCUCCCAGUUUUGGAUACAUUCAGUGAUGAUGAUGAUGAUGGGAAGAAAAAUUCCAAAAUGUUCAAUAAUGGCCAGUUGCAAAAAGAACCUAGCAAAAGGUCACGUAAAUCCUCAUCUAAGGUCCUCACUACCGAGGGAAAACAGAAAGGCAGGGGCAACCUUGAUCUUUCUGUGCAGUCAAGAAAUCUGCCCGAUUAUGCUGUUGAUGAAGAAGAUGAUACCCAUGAGAUUAGAUUAUUUGAAGAUGAUUAUGGAGCUGAUAGAUUUCCACAGGCAGGUCUGCAAAGUGAGUCAUUUAUGGGCAUUUCCGGUGAAAGACCUGAUGGUCCUUUACUAGGAUGUAACUCAGUAAAGAAGAAAAGGAAGGUGAAAGCGGACGUGACAGAAAUGGAUAGAAAGGAUGAAGGUGAAUUGCAGAGCGACACCCUCCAACAAAUUAAAGAUUCCACUUCAUCGAAGAAAAAGACAAAGAAGAGGCAGAAGGCUGACAGUUAUAGUUCUGAUGUGGGAACAACUGAACCUCCUGCUAUAGAAACGGUGGCAGUGGAUAUGGAGCAGGAAACAAAGCCUCAGAGAAAUUCGUUCCCAUUGAUUACACCUACAGUUCACACUGGAUUUUCAUUCUCGAUCAUGCAUCUUCUUUCUGCAGUUCGCUUGGCCAUGAUUACUCCACUUCCAGAAGAUAUGUUAGAACCCAUAAAGGAGAAGAAGAAAAGGCAUGAGGGUGACAUCACGGUAGAUCUUUCUCAUGAUAACAAGGCAGAUGUGAAUAACGUAGAACAGGCUGAGGAAGUAAAUGUUCCUUCGCUAACAGUUCAAGAUAUAGUAGAUCGCGUGAAAUCUAACCCUGGGGAUCCUAGCAUUCUUGAGACGCAAGAACCACUUCUGGAUUUGGUGAGAGGGGUUCUGAAGAUAUUUUCAUCAAAAACAGCGCCUUUAGGAGCUAAGGGCUGGAAGAUGCUAGCAGUUUAUGAAAAAUCAACGAAAACAUGGUCAUGGAUUGGCCCAGUUUCUCGAAGUUCAACAGAUUAUGAGGCCAUUGAAGAGGUGACGUCACCUGAAGCUUGGGGUCUUCCCCACAAGAUGCUUGUUAAGUUGGUUGACUCAUUUGCCAAUUGGCUUAAAAGUGGCCAAGAAACUCUUCAACUAAUAGGAAGUCUUCCAGCUCCUCCUGCCUCGUUAAUUCAUUUCAAUGUUGAUGAGAAAGAAAGGUUUAGAGACUUGAGGGCUCAGAAGAGUCUUAAUACUAUUAGCUCCAGUACUGAAGAGGUGAGGGACUAUUUUCGUCGAGAAGAAAUUCUUAGGUACUCAAUUCCUGAUCGUGCUUUCUCCUACACGGCAGCCGAUGGUAAAAAAUCCAUUGUUGCUCCCUUGAGAAGGUGUGGCGGUAAGCCUACUUCUAAGGCACGGGAUCAUUUCAUGCUAAAGAAAGAUCGCCCUCCACAUGUCACAAUUCUUUGUCUUGUGAGAGAUGCUGCUGCACGAUUGCCAGGAAGCAUUGGGACCAGAGCAGAUGUGUGUACGUUGAUAAGAGAUUCACAAUAUGUUGUGGAAGAUGUAUCUGAUGCACAAGUUAAUCAAGUUGUGAGUGGUGCAUUGGACAGAUUGCAUUAUGAACGUGAUCCUUGUGUGCAAUUUGAUGGUGAAAGAAAACUGUGGGUUUAUUUGCAUAGAGAACGUGAAGAAGAAGAUUUUGAGGACGAUGGUACAUCAUCUACUAAGAAAUGGAAGAGGCCUAAAAAAGAUGUGAUUGAGCAAUCAUCUAAUCGUGGACUUGUGACAGUAGCUUACCAUGCAUCUGGAGAACAAUCUGGAUAUGACAUUUGCUCUGAUCUCAACACAGAACCCCCGUGUAUUGAUGAUGUUAAAGGAAUGGAACAAAUUUAUGGUGAUGCGAGGCAAAAUCUGGAGCAUGACAUGGAGAACAAUCAUGAAUCUGAUCAUGAUGAGAUGUGUCCAGGUUCACAGAUUAUGAAGGCUUCUAAUCCUAUGGAAGAGACCAGAUUGAUAUGCCAAGAAAAUUCCACCAAUGAAGAUUUUGACGAUGAAGCGUUUGGGAGGGAACGGCCGGUCGGAUUCCUAAGUGCGAGCAUAUCAUAAUGAGUACUGCAGAGCUAAUUUGUGUUGUUUCGAUGAGGCUCAUGACAGAUUGAAGGGGCAUUAUUUUUGCAUUUUACAAGUGUAUAUUGAUUUGCCCUGGUGCACAUAGAAUAGAGACAUGCAUCUAAAGCUUUGAGGGCCUUGACAAUGUCAUAGCACAGGUAGAUAUUUUGUUCACUUGUAGAUUAGUUACAAAUUUACUUCUUUUUUCCCCCCGAAGUGUAAAUGAGAAAACGGGCCAAUUUCAUAAAUUUGGUUGGUCAUCUACAUAUUUUAUUAAUUAGAUGUAGAAAAAGAAUUUUUUCCCCAUGUUUGGUUGAUUUGAAGCUGCAAAAUGAAAGAUCAGAAGCUGUAGAUUCUCA